AUGGCCAACCUCAUUACGUCCCUAUGCUCCUUGAAAUGGCGGAAAGCAAGGCAAAGUGGCAAGAGCAGAGAGAUUGUCGACUAUGUCGUACAAGCACAUUCCGUUUUGAUCGAAUUACCCGACCUGAGGCCCGGGCCGGUGACAAACAAAACAUUGGGAGGUCUCGUGUCAAUAUGUUCCGAGUCACAUGACCCUGACACCGUUGAGAUGGUUCUCACUGAUCCACGCAUGCGCAAGAUAAUUCCCUCAAUGCGGAGCAUCUCGUCGCAGUCUGAGUGCUGUCUCGAGAACUUCUGGGCAGAGAAGAUAUCAGAAGCACAGGACUCUAAGGAAGCCCUUCAGCUACUUCUGUCAUUCCCCUACUUCGAAAACUAUGUGGAGCUAGCUCGACUUGAAUUAUUCGCCUUGUACGCCGUCAAACCUACCCUCCCCACAUCGGUUGCGUUCCUGGGAUCCGGCCCGCUACCCCUAACAUCCAUGUGCCUCUUACGGGCAUUGAGGGAUAUGCAGUCCUUCCCAACCGCCACGGAUCCCGUGGUCGUAAAUGUUGAUCAGGAUGCAUCUGCGCUAUCGGCAUCAACUGUACUUUGCGAGAAGCUGGGAGAUUGGAGCCAAGGCAUGAGAUUCAAAUGCGCUGAUGCUGAAUCGACUAUGGACUUGAGAGAGUUUGAGGUUGUCUUCCUUGCUGCACUGGUGGGUGUAAAUCAAUACGAAAAAGAAGAGAUUAUCAUGAGCGUGACGAGGCGAAUGACAGCCGGGGCACUACUGGUGGUCCGCAGCGCGCAUAGCCUUCGUACUCUUCUAUACCCCGAAGUCAACCUAAACACAGAGAGACUUCGCGGCGUACUCCAAGUUGAAACUGUCACCCAUCCGUUUGGAAAGAUUGUCAAUUCCGUUAUUGUCGCCAGAGUCAAAUAG